UUCAGCUGCACUAGACGAAAAGAUCUGCCUGCAAUAUAAGUCUCUUUUGCAAAACCUUCCAGGGGAUUUAGCAGAAGCUUUUAUUCUUGAAGGUUAGUGGAUAAAGAUUUUUUUUUAGUACUCUUAAAACUAUCUUAUGUGAAAAACAGGGAAUAAAUAGGUUCCCUUUAUUUCUUUUACUGCUUGUUUGUCUUUUUAGUUUAUAUUAAAAAAAAAAACCCAAUCCUUGCUUUUUUUGGUCUCUAUUUUAUAAUUGACAAAGAGAAAAGAAGAAUAGAUAUCUUUGAAGGAAACUCUUCCAGUGAACAAAAUGAAAAGCCUCAACUCUGUGCCGUGUUCUUGAAUGGAUGCAAUUAAUAGACUGCUGGAGCACAGCUUCCAAGCCUCCUGACAGAGCCCCGUUCAGACCAUACCAUCGACACCACAGCUCACUCUGAUGGGUUGUUUUAUCUUCAACAGUGGAAAUGUGACUUUGCCUGGGAGGAACCCUUAUACUGUGCAGACCUCUGUGCCUCUAACAAUCCUGGUGGGUAUCCUUAUCCUGCUAACACUGUUUGGUAAUGUCAUGGUAGUAAUUGCUGUGAUGACAAGCCGUGUCCUGAGAGCACCUCAGAACUUAUUUUUAGUCUCUCUAGCAUGUGCAGACAUCCUGGUUGCCACUUUAGUGAUGCCAUUCUCUUUAGCGAAUGAACUGAUGGGUUAUUGGUUCUUUGGGAAGGUAUGGUGUGGAAUCUACCUGGCUUUGGAUGUUCUUUUCUGCACAUCAUCCAUUGUUCAUCUGUGUGCAAUAAGCCUGGACAGAUACUGGUCUGUCACACAAGCCAUUGAGUAUAACCUGAGAAGGACACCACUCAGGAUUAAAGGCAAAGUCUGCUUAGUUUGGAUACUGGCAGCUCUCAUUUCAUUUCCUCCGCUUAUCACAGCGAAAAAGGACAAAACAGACAGUCUUGAAUGUGACAUUAAUGGUGAGAAAUGGUACAUCAUAUUCUCCAGUUGUGCCUCCUUCUUUGUACCCUGUGUCAUUAUGAUUACGGUGUAUGUUAGAAUCUACCAGAUUGCCAAGAAAAGAACAAGAGCCCCACCUGGAGAAAGGCAAAGACACAAUGGGAACUCAGAAGACCCAAAGUUCGGUUUGGACACGCUGGAGAGAAAAGACAGAGAACAGAGGGAGGUGAGAGGAGAAGACGGUAAAGAGGCUAAUGAGCUUGAUGUGGAGGAAGAACCCUCCUCUUCCGAUGGGAAUGAAACAAUCCUAUGUUCACUUACAAAGAAGAAGGCUAUGAAAACAGCAAAAGUGACUCAGGUGAAUCCCGGAGAAAGCGCUUCAAAACCACAGCCGGAGUCCCGCGAGAGAGGGAGAAGGUGGAAAGGAAGGCAGUACAGAGAGAGGCGCUUUACAUUUGUUCUGGCUGUAGUCAUGGGAGUGUUUGUUCUCUGCUGGUUCCCCUUUUUUUUCACGUACACGCUCACCGCUGUGUGUGACAAGUGCUGUGUGCCAGAGACCCUGUUCAAAAUGUUCUUCUGGUUAGGUUACUGCAAUAGCUCACUAAACCCCGUCAUAUACACUGUAUUCAAUAAUGACUUCAGGAAAUCCUUUAAAAAGAUCCUUUGUAAAAGGGACAGAAGAGUGUAAUAAAUACUUUUAUGCAUUCAUUUCGAACAAUAAAGGGCAUUUGGUCAUACAUUUAUCUGUUAUUGUAACCUUUGAAAAUAUUAGACAAUAUUGAAUAUUUGAAAAAAGAAAAGGGCAUUUUUUCUGUUAUAUAUUAAUGUCUUAUUGAUACUAAGUGUUAGUUUUUGCGAUAUUAAAUCAUACUUAAAUCCAUGAUGUGCAUUUGCUACACAGCUCGUAUUAUAUUUGGACAACCUGUGAGUUAAAGCUUUGAUAUUGUGAAGUUGUAUCAAUGUUGAUGAUGCACAUUUUCUACAUGUGUCUGCUGGUAUACAGUAUUUAAACUGAUAUCCUGUGUUUGUUUUUAGCUUCAAAGUUAAUAGCUUGUAGAAGACAGCAGAAGCAUAUUGCAACAGAGUCUGCUCAACAUAUGCAAAAUUGUCCAUGUUGGUAAUACAAAGGCAGACAUUUGGCUUAGACGUUACCACAAUAAACAUGCCACGGCUUCAUCAACGUGACUGUUCAUGGAGUAGCUGAAGAAAAUGAUUACUAGUGAUAAUUAUACAUUACUGUAAAUCCACAAGAAUGUCAAAGGAGUCUAAAUAAGCAUAUAAGUAUUAUGUUUGAACCUUAGUGAUGCGCUCACACCAGGCUGAAGGAAUGCCACAUCGAUGCACAUAAGCUUCUCUGUCUAUGCCAAUUGAAUUAAAAACAUAAACACAUUUAAGAAAUGUAGAUAACUGUAAAUGCUACAAUAUUGCCAAUAAAAAAAUGCAUACUUUGUAUAGUGCAAUCAAUAGCAGGAAGUCAUAAUAACAAGUUGCACCCAAAGGACGCUAUCCCCACAGCACCAACUAUUCUCAAACAACAAAUGCAUGAACAAGACAAUUAUAUGAAGAGAAAAUGAUGCCUUGGAGGUACGGGUGGCAAAACAAUAUCUAAUUCAGUUCAUUGUGAAUUAUAGUCCUUCAUAUCAGGAUAUCAUUAAAUCCUUCCCCUGAGUCAAACACAAGUCAUGGAGCAAUAGAAAUAUGAUUGGCUCCUGCAAACACUGUGAAGUUAAUAUCCACACAUGCUUAUCAACGCGUUGUUAUCCUACUUGGUGUGUUAUCACCAUUCAUUGUCUUGUCGCUAUUUAACCACACUUUUCAGAACAGUAAAACCUUUAUUUAUAGUUCUAAUUCCAAGCCACUAUCAGCCUGUGAACCUGACAUAAAGUAAAUAAACCAUCCAUAAUUGUUUUAACUUAGCAAACAUUUCCACCCCCAGCCACCUCUCAUACAACAGAGUGAUUCCCAUGGCUUGUUCUUUGGGACUCUGGUGUUUUGAGAUUCCUGUGGUACACAUGUGUGGGUUCAGCCAUGUCUCAGAGUCUUAAAAUACAGCAUCCAUUAGGAAUGGCAAACUAUCGACCUGACUGUCGAAUGUUCCCACGAACAAUUUGUCAAAAGGAAUUAAAAAAAAAACACACUGUAAUGGAAGCUUUGUGGUAAUGAGGGUUUAUUCGAUAUAAAUCAGAAUUUCUAAAGGGUCUGCUAUAACAGCCCUAAUAAGAAUAGAUUAUCUUUUGAAACAUUUUGACAGGUAUCUGCUUGUAUUAGUAUUACAAAUAAACAUAAAAAACUAUUUAGUACUAUAAAGUAUUCAAAACAAAUAUUUCUACUGCUGCACAUCAGUAUGGUUUGAACGAUGAAACUGCAGUGAUUGCCGUCUGAAUUCAUCCUUUAAUUAAAAUAACAAUUCUGCUGCUAUGCUUGAGCAGCAGGAUGCAUAAAUUACAUUUUUAACAAACUCACCAAGCAACAGAGAAAUUAAAUGCCAAGAGGCCCAUAACAUUACUAGGCCAAAAGAUUAAUGCAAAAGUAGAAGUCGUGAAGUAUAACAAGAGUUAUAUGUAAAUCACAAAAAUACAGACAAAUGUUGACUGCGUCAAAUAUAGCUGGAUGUUUUUUCAAUGUGCUGUGGGACUGACGGUUGGUUAGAUAAAUAAGCACUUACAUUAGCUAAUCUCAGUGUAUGCACACAGAAGACCACUUGCACGGUCUGCAGAGAGAAUGAUUUAUUUCCCUCUCUACAGGCCACAGAGCACCGCGAUUUAUGCAUCUGACAUCCUUUAUAAGCUGCUUCUGGCGAAAGUUCUUACAACUUUCACGCAGCUCCCUGCUCAGCUUCCAUCAUUUUAUUCUAAUUUCUCCCCACUUACAACUCAAUAAGUGCUCUUUAAAGCUGCUGGCCAUGUAUCUCAAAGGGGUCUAACUUAGAGACAAUUAAAGAGCACUGAGAAAAGUGUGCAUCUUGGAUAAACAAGGACUGCCAAGGCAGGAUUGCACAGAGUCAGAGAAACAUCAAGGUCACACUAACAAGUUUAAAUCAUAGCUGGUGAUGAAUAGAGUGUUUUUAAUUGAAUGUUGGGUCAUUCAUUAUGGUUUGAGCACAAUGCAUCAUGCACACUGGGGCAUAUAAUACUUCCUCCCCCCUGAAUUGAUAAGGAUGCAAGACAAUCAAAUUAGAUUCUCUGGGAUGUAAGCAGCAGGAGCCUCCUGUUUAAUUUGCCUCAUGAUCUCACUGUGCUCACAUUGCAUCCAAAAUAAAUAUUUCAGUCCCUAGUUUUCUGAAUGUGUUUAAUAUUUUUAAGCAUAAUAUUUCUAGCUGUCUAAUUAUGCAGAAGAUGGCUGCAUUUUUCUUUGCGAGAAAUUAUAAAAUGAUAACCCAACAUAGUAGGAGGAAGAUCAAAAAUAUGGACGUUUCUGCAAUAGCUUUGCAGCCCAGUGUUUUCUGUUUUCCAAGACUGGUGUAAUUAGAGACUAUUUUUGAUCUCCAGAAGAAAACCCCAGGGAAAAGAGGACCUCAACGAGGAAUAAAGACAGCCAAAGUGCAUGGAUAAUGUGAAGUUGAAUAAAUAUUUCAAAUAUGGCAACAAAUCAAAGUUCAUUCUUUGGGUCGACCAGCACAGUCUUUACUAAUUCAUGCUUUACUUUAAUCAUAUUUACCUCCUGUUUGUAUUGAGCUGCAGCAGAAAAUUCCUGCUUAAUUAUUCAUCAAAACCAUCAGCAAAUUCAGUUAACGUGAGUUUAUUUCGCAGUACCUGAUGGUUAGAUUGUAGUUACACAAAAGAUACCUUAUGCAAGUGCUACUUGAAUGAGAAAUAUGAAAGCAGUCCUGCUUUUAGCAUUUAUCUAUUCAAUUCAAUUCAGUUUUAUUUAUACUGUGCCAAAAAACAACAACAGUUAUCUCAAGGUCAUUUAUAUUUUACAACAACACAAAGAAAACAGAGAAAACCCCAACAAUCAUGUGACCCCCUAUGAGCAAAUGAUUUGGCGACAGUGGGAAGUGCUCUUUAAAAGGACGAAACCUUCAAUAGAACCAGGCUCAAGAAGUGGCCCCUAUGUUAGCAUUUAUCUCUGCAUAAAUGCUAAAAGCAGAGUAUAGGUGAACACUUACUGCCAACACAAUAUGAUGAGUAGAACUGUAGUUAUACAGCAGUUUGUAAAUGAGUCACAUUUUUGGGUCAACUCUUUGUCUUUCUUGGAUAAUAAAGAGCAACUUAUUUUAUUUUAUGAACAACAUGUGCUUGAAAGUACACUCUGAAGGAACUCUUUGGGUAUGAGUACGUGUGUGUGAGAGAGGAUAAGAAGGGCAAAUUGAUGGAAAAGGUGAAAGAGUGAGCUUUUUAGGUCCUAUUAUUCUGACAAAUUUGUGACCUCAUAAAUGAGAAAUAAUUUAAUAAAAGUCUGAGUCUGAAAACAAGUUUGAUUCUUUUUGUCAAGUCAAGCUGCUCUGCCCGCUGGGAAAGUGCCAUCACCGUCUGCAGCACACCUUCAUUGAUACCGAGUGUAGCUCUUGCAAAUUUCCUACUCCGGAUAUCAUAAUUCUUCCUGAGGCAUCUUGUCCUGUCUGUAGUAUUGAUUGUAUUCAAUCCUUGUCCUCCGCCAGCACCAUCAUAUGCUCCCGGAUGAUGUCAUCAAACACACCCACAAACAUAUAAGUGAACUAUGCAAACACCAACUCCCGAUCAAGCUUGCAAUAAUUUCUGUCCUCAUCACUCAGACACCCAACAAUUAAUCUCUGAAUAUGCUUCCAGUUACCAUACACCAAUACACUGGCAUAACAAGGUGGAUAGAUAUGUGGCUUUAUAGGCAAAGUCUCAGUCUCUACCUCAUCUCUUUUUAAAAGGCUCUAAGACGACGAAGCAAACUGGCCACUUUAUUACUUACACCUUACCAGUACUUGACUGGACCCCCUUUUUGCCUUAAAUCAUUGUGGCACAGAUUCAGCAAGGUGUUGUAAAGAUUCCUCAGAAUAUUUGAGUUAAUUUUGAAAUUAGAGCAUUGGGCAGUUGCUACAAAUUUGCUAACUGGACAUCCAUGCUACAAAUUUCCCACAUAAUUUCCGCCACAUCCUAAAGCUACUCUUUUGGAGAUCUGGUGACAGUGGAGGCCAUUUGAGCAGUGUAAACAAAUUGUCAUGUUCAGGAAACCAGUCUAAGAUGAUAUGAGCAUUGUGACAUGAUGCAUUAUCCUGUUGGAAGCAGUCAUUAGAAAAUGAAUGCACUGUGGUCAUAAAGUGAUGGACAUUGUCACAAACAAUACGCAGAUAUUCUUUGGUGUCACUGACAAGGCAUUUUCACUCAGAAAACUAAAGCUCACUGGGAAUUUUGUCUUUCAGACAAUUCUCUGUGACCCUUAGAGAUGGUUGUGUUGGAAAAUCCCAGGAGAUCAACCUGUUUCUGAAACACUCAGCUCAGCCGUCUUGCAAUAUUCUCUGUUCAGUGUCACUUAAAUCACCCUUCUUCCCCAUCCUGAUGCUUGGUUUAAGUUUAAGAGUUGCUUGAUUUGCUACCUAGAUAAAGAGCCAUUGAGCGGGUGCACCUAAUUGUUUAGUCUAAGUAAGUAAUUUAGUGUAAAUUACAGUAUCUAAUUGUGAAAUAAAAACAUGACAACAUGCAGACAGAAUGAAGGCAAUAUCAGACAAUAAAAAUAAUUGCCAAGAAUCUCACUUAAUAUUUGAAGAUUAGGUCCAAGUUAAAUCCAGUUAAAUAUUAAUGUCAUUUACUAAAAAUAUUUUAAAGAUAAAGAAAGAAUAAAGCAAAAUUUAAUUCCAAUUAGCUGAAAUGUUUUUCCAGAUGCUUUUUUCAAAAUGUAACAUUUAUAUGAAAAAUAAUGAAUCUCUUCAACAGGAUGUUGGAGUGGUCCAUGCCUCGUCCAGUUAUGAAGAGCUGCUUUAAUCUGUCUAAAAAGAACAUCAUUGCUUUACUUUGACUGCUGCAUAACAACACGUUUGUAGUAAGUUAUUACCACUGCAGUAAUUUGUUAAUACCAUGUGACGUGGAAUCAAAUGAGCUAGUCUACUGGUCACAGAGUAACUCCUGAGGAUAUUGAGAUGAGUUUCAUUCUCAUUUCUCAAGCUUGGAAAAAUCUAGACUGUACACUAAGUAUCUCUUAGAUUCCAGAAAAGUGUUGAUAGCUGCUCUCCUUGAUGGCAACAGUGGAUCUCACAGGUAAGUCUACAAUAAACAGUUGUGUAGAGACUGUCUAUUGGCUUGCAACCUGAGUGGAACGAUGUGUUCCCUGUUUUUGUGCCACCAGGUAUUAUUGUUCAUGCACUAGUGAAAGGUUUUCUUAUACCACAAUUUAUUAAUACAUUUGCGGUCUAGUUAAUGCAAACAGGAAUUUGGCUUUCUUCUACCCGGAAAGCAGUCCGUCUGAUAGAAAUGGCAGAUUAUCUACACAGAUUAGUGAUAGGUUUCCAGACACAAAUUUCUGGUUUAAUCGAAUACCCAAAAUUGGGACUUUCUUCCUCGGCUCUUUUGUGAAUAUUCCUUAUAUCUGUCUGUACACAUUAGCUGAUAAAUCCAAUUUAUGCACUUUAAUUUGGAAAUAUGUUUGAACUGAGUUUGAGGUUUGAGAUAUUUUUCUGUACUUUUAGCUGACAUCUACAUCUAGUAGAGCUAAAUGUUAAAAAGAUAAAAAGUGGAACAUCGCGAGCACCACAAACUGAAGCACCACUCACUGCAUGCUUUUGCAAACUUCAUUUC